UGGACGGCCGCGGUUGCUUCGACGCCUAGGAACCCAAAAACAAGCGAAAGAAGCCUUCUUCAUCUCCAAACCCUAGCCAUGGCCGACGACCUCGACGAGCUGCUGGACAGCGCUCUCGAUGACUUCAAAAAGAUCGAUCUUGCACCUGAAUGGAGGAGCAAUGCUUCUUCGUCGACGCCGGUGCAGGGAUUGGGGUUGGGAUUGCCGGAUUUGAAGGCUAAGAAGAAGGUGAAGCAGAGGGCGGCCGCUGCUACGAUGAAGACGGGGUCCUCGCAUGCGUCGGAGGCGUUGGAGAAGCUGACCCAGCAGACCCGUGAAGCUGUGCGUGGGUUGGAGUCGGCCACGGCUUCGGCCGGGACGAGAGGAACCGAUGCUGAUGGAUUGCAGGAAGAUGAGACUGCGAUGGUUGAGGAGUUCAUCAAGAAGUUUGAAGAGCUUACUGGUUCUCAGGAUAUGGAAUCGAUUAUGGACACUGUAAUGCAGCAGCUUUUGUCUAAGGAUAUUCUUCAUGAGCCGAUGAAAGAAAUUGGAGAAAGAUAUCCAAAGUGGUUGGAGGAACAUAAAGAUGGAUUAAGCAAGGAAGAAUAUGGCCGCUAUCAUCAACAAUAUGAGCUCAUACUAAAGUUGAAUGAAGCUUUUGAGCAUGAACCUGAUAACUUCAAUAAUAUUGUUGAUCUAAUGCAAAAAAUGCAGGAAUGUGGUCAGCCUCCAGAUGAUAUUGUUCAAGAGCUUGCGCCUGAACUUGAUCUACGCAAUCUUGGAGGACAAUUGUCUCCGGAUAUGGAGCCAACCAAGUGUUGUAUUAUGUGAAGCACACUGCUGCAUUUCAAACUUUCCUUUCCUCAUUUACGGCAAUAAGUACAUGGCUACCGAGUGCAAAUGGCUCAUUUCUGUUGCUUUUUCCUGUUAGGAAAAAUGCAAUAUUUAUAUCAAACAGAUGUUUAUUAUAGCCUUUACUGUUCAAAUGAAUGUUUGGAUCCCAAAGGAGUGUUCCAAGCAAAAAAUUAGAUGGA